AUGUUAACCUACAUCCUACAAGCUUCUGCUGUGUUGAAAAACGUCACUGGUCUCCAGCCAGUGGAUACGAUGGCGUAUCCCUUUGACUACAAAUUCAUUGUGAAAUGUACUGGUUGUAAGACCGAACACAAUAACCCUGUUGAGAUGAAUCGUUUUGAUAAAUUUGAAAUUACUGGAUUUCGUCGAGAAGCCAACUUCUUAUUCAAGUGCCGUGAAUGCAGAAGAGAGAGGUAUGCUACGCUUACUAGACUCCCCAACAAAAUAGACCAAGACGGAUGUCAAACACCAAUAUUGAAAAUUUCCACUCAUGGGAUAGAGCUCUUGGAGUUUAUACCAGACGACCAAUUCGAGUGCCAGAGCAGUCUCUCACAAAGAGUGAUCCAAGAAAUCGGACUAGAAGAAGGAGAGUGGUAUGACUUCGAUGAGGAAGGCAAUGGCGACGUUGGAAUUCACGACGUCAAGUGGGAGAUUGUUUUAUCAAGAUGA